CCCAGCUCUUCCGUCGAAAUCUGAAAUUUUUCUUCACUUCUGUCCAUACCUCAGCUGCAACAUGCCCUCCCUCCAAUCUAUCGUGCUGGGCCUGGCCACCACAGGCCUCGUCCACGCGGACAGCCACCGCACUCUCGGGGCGGACUAUAUUAUCGACGUGCAUUCCCAUGUCAUCCCGCCCAUCUGGAAAGAAGCCCUAAUCUCCGCCGGAUACCCCCUCCAAAACGGCACCUGAUACGUAGACAACUUCCCCGUCCCCGACUGGACCCUGGACUCCCAUCUGUCGACCAUGGACGCACGAGGCAUCAACCUUUCAACCGUCAGCGUCACAGCCCCGGGCGUCGCCUUUCUCCGCCACGAUGCCCCUGCCGCCGGCCUCCCCUCGAUGGAGUUCAUGGGUGGGCUGAGCGUGGCAGAGUCGGUUGCUCAGCGGGCGGGGUAUUACUUCGAGACGGCGUCGGCCACGUCGGCGGUGCAGCUGGCGGCGCUGAAGAGUUUUCUGGGCACGGGGAGGA